AUUACUCAUUUGUCAUAUAAAUAUCUGUGCCCUGGCGUCGUGGGCAUUCAUUUUCACUGUGAUACUAGAGCGCACACGCACAAAGCCACUUGGACUCUGCGCACAUUUAACUUCCAAACCCCAACAAAAUCGCCAAAAGAACCUCUCUUUCUCUCUCUAGAUCUCAUCCACCUGAGCAUUUCCGUUAAUGUGCUACAGCUCUCCGCGAACCCACGAGCACUCUGACACUUUCAAUUAUACCAGUACUGUUUUCAUUGAAUGAUCGUAGGCCAUGGCCUCGGCUUGCGUUAACAACAUCAGCAUGUCACCGGAGAACUUCUCUCCGGCGAGUUACCCGUCCUACGGCUGGUUGAGUCCGCGAAUAUCCUUCAGCCGUGAAGAGGAUGCCUCCAAGCAACCUGGAUCCUCUAAGACCGCCUCAUGCGAUACUCCAGCUGAAGUUCCGUCCGAGAUUAUGGAUUCUGUUGACUUUGAGUUCCGCCUGGAGGAUCCUGUAACUAUGCUCCCCGCCGACGAGCUUUUCUCCGACGGGAUGCUGAUGCCGCUGCAAGUUACGAGCGCCAAACCUGCCAAUGCUCUGAGCGAGAUCAGGUCGCCGGAGACUGCGAAGUCUUGCCGUAGAAUGGAGAUGGAAAUAUCUAAUACUGACCCCUACUUGUUUUCUCCCAAAGCCCCCAGGUGUUCAAGCCGAUGGAAGGAGCUCUUGGGGUUAAAAAAGCUCUACCAGAACGCGAACGCUAAAGCUGAAUCCCACAAAACGACAUCGUCAUCUUCUUCUAACCCUAACCCAAAAUCUUUGAAGCAUUUCCUGCAUAGAAGCUCAAAAUCCUGCAGUUGCAACUCAUCUUCAUUAGAUCACUCUUUGAGCUGGCCGUUGUUAAAGGAUUCGGAUUACGAGUCCGUUUCCAUUUCCUCAUCUAGGUUAUCGCUUUCUUCUUCGUCUUCGAGCCACGAGCAUGAAGAUCUCCCUAGACUCUCUCUCGAUUCAGAGAAACCAAACCCGAGUUUAAACGCGCCCCAAAAUCCAAAUCCGAGCCCAAACCCAUUUGUUCUCAAUCGGAAUCCAAACCAAAAUCCUCCUAGAAUGAGAAUGGUGAAGCCCAGGUCAGAGACCAAUGGGAAUAGCAAUAGCAACGGUAGCAAUAAUCCUACGGCUGGUACGAGAGUAGGGAGGAGCCCGAUGCGGAGGGCAGUUGGGGAAUCGAGUGGGGUGACAAGCAGGGGGGUUUCGGUAGACAGUCCGAGAAUGAAUUCGUCAGGGAAGAUAGUAUUCCAGAGCUUGGAGAGGAGUUCCAGCAGUCCAAGUAGCCUUAACGGAGGCCCAAGAUUCAAGCACAGGGGAAUGGAGAGGUCAUAUUCAGCAAACGUGAGAGUGACUCCGGUUCUCAAUGUCCCCGUUUGUUCCCUGAGAGGGACAUCCAAGUCAGUCUCCGUAUUUGGGUUUGGUCAGCUGUUUUCUUCGUCGCCUCAAAAAAGAGAAGGGAGCAACAAGGGGCAGCAACAGCAGGUGAAUAGCAGGAACCGGACUGAUCGAACAUAACAGAGAAGAGUAAAACUGAGAAGGGUUAUGGGGUGGAGAGGUUGAACAAAUUUUCCAGAAUAUAGUUGUAUGUAGGUUUGCCUAGACUUGUGGUGAACGACUAUUGGAAAAAGAAUGCCAAAAAAGAGCAGUGUGGUUGAAAAGAUGCUAACCCCCUGGUGGCCUGCAUGAUUGCAUAAUUUACCAUGCAAGCCCAUGUGCUUGUUGGACACGCGAGAGCAGAGAAACACUUUGCCUAAUUAUUUUUUCCUACAUUAAAAAAAUUAAUAAAAAUUGUAAAUGAAGCAAGUCUGUGAUUUGACGUUUAGACGGUGUAUGAAAUUGAAAGCAUAUGUGGGGUGUUCUCCCACGCUCGAGCCUCCAUUGGGGCUCCAGUAUGUAGUCUUUGGAUGUAUCUUUACUUUUAUCUUGUGUAUCAAUUAUAUUGGAUGUUUGACUA